AUGCUCGAGACACGCGGUGAGGUCGACCUCACCCCGAAGCAGUUGCGCGAUCUUAUGAUCGUCAUGCGCACGGCUUCUACCAUGUCCGCGAUAGGCGUCAUCACCAUCAUCGCCGUGUUCUACAUGUCGCGUCACUUUCGCAACCCGAUGCAUCGCCUCAUCUUCAUCAACGCCUUUUUCAACGCCUUCGACGUGACGUGCACGAUGAUUUCUACGAGCGGGUACAAGGAUGGGAAUUCUUCGGCGUUGUGCCAGUUCCAGGGUUUUCUGAAUCAGAUGUUCCCUGUUGCAGACGUGCUAUGGACCCUCGUUAUGGCCAUAGACGUCUAUCUGAUCGUCUUCCAUCGAUAUGAUACCGAUUCUCUAAAGAGGCUCGAAUGGAAAUACAUGGUUGGCAUUACAAUUAUUACCUUUGUUCCCGCCCUUGUCUUCCUCUUCAUCCGGACAGACGAGAAGGGUCCAAUGUAUGGUAGUGUUACGCUUUGGUGUGCAAUUGCCCCGAAGUGGGUGUUAUUCCGAAUUGUCUGCUACUACGGAACUAUAUGGUCGUCAAUCCUCGUUACGAUGGUCCUCUAUAUCAUGGUCGGCGUCGAGAUCGCCAAGCGAAGACUAGCCUUGCGGUCACUGACCACCGACCUCGUUCAGUUUGACAUGGACAAUACCGUCCUACCAAAGUCCGACACCACAUACGAUGAUUCCAGUAUCGGCGUGGCUGUCACCGUCGAUGUCGACGUCCACGCCGGUCCGCAGCGCGUAUAUACCCCCCAAUCUUUCGACGAGUCGCUGCAGCCGACUUCCUUAUGUUCCGUUUCGAGCACCACCCCCACCCGACACUUUAUCCCGCAACGAUCUUCCCUAUCCUUCAGACAGUACGUUCUCAUGCCUCUAUUCUUCUUCUUGGCCCUCCUGUCGGUCUGGGUCGCGCCAUCGACGAACCGUGUGGCCGCUUUUAUCGAUCCCACGUUUGGGUCCUACCCCCUCCUGCUCGCCGUCGCGAUAUCUGGUUCUCUGAGGGGAUUCUGGAACGGGCUCGUAUUCAUCACUAUAGGGAUGAAGUCUUGGAAGAGAAGGAAGGAAGAAGACGAGGCAGAGCUACAUGCGCGGCAGACGCAAAGGUGCUCGACAGAGCUUGCCGAGGCGAUAAAUUCCAUGUUCACUUGGUACCAUAAAUCGGUUGUCUGCUACGCAUAUCUCGAAGACUUGAGUGCGACAUCAGUCAAGGAAGAUCCAUCUCUUCUCUGUCGGAGUCGGUGGUUUACCCGCGGCUGGACACUUCAAGAGCUCAUCGCCCCCGCACUCGUAGUCUUUUUCGGCUCUAAAUGGGAUGAACUCGGAAGUCGGGAUGAUCUUGUCGCCGAGAUCUCUGCAGGUACUGGCAUUGACCGCGACGUAUUCUUCGAUGGCAAAUUAUCGAAAUAUAGUGUUGCUCAGCAAUACGGCCUGCUUUUAUACGAGCCUAUGGCUUCCGCUGAUCUAGGACCUAGGGUAACGGUGACGCCUCCAGAGAGUUUAAUCGCCGUUCUCAGCUGCCAGGACAGCACUGGAAAGAGGAUAACGCUCGCAUUAGAUCACUCCGAAGGCAGCGAUCAAUUCCACCGUACCAAUGCAGGCCUCGGACUCUUGUUGCUUCGGGCAGAGCAGUGGCAAAGAAAUACAGAGACGAAGAGAAUCCUGGUUAAGCCUUACGAUCCUGUCAAUGACUUUUCUCUUGGGGGGAAACUGAGACCAACUUUCUUUGGUAUACGUGGUCUCCCCGGUCCCGAGUCUGGGUACGUAUUGACGCACAUAUUUGGCAACACCACGGUUGAGGUCGAAGGUACCAUCUCUGCCAAGUUAUGGAACGGAAAUCGAGUGGGCGUUGUCUACUCUCACACUAAUGCUGACUCUGCUUUUGGCAUUUUCCUCGGAGAGACUGAUUUCGAGAGCGCCUGGGAGAUCGUUACAGGGAGCCAAGCCGCGGUGGAAAAGAAGUACUAUGAAUUCCGGUACAAGGACAACAGGUUUUUGACGAGUUUGGCCUCGUGGAAACUCCCACUAGGUGACUCUCAAUCAGAAACGUUGUUGCAAGUUACCCUGGAGACACAGAGACGGCACCACGGAUUCUCCGGCAUGAUCACGAUUGAGGAGCGGAAUGGAAAUGACUUUACUCCGCAACCACCUUGCACCGACGAGCAACUUCUACGACUGGCUGAGAUGGCCAUGGAGGCAGGCGUGGAAAGCAUAGGGUUCAAACACACCAGAACAAGCCUCGAUGUGCGUGGCACAAAGUUUUCUAUUAGCAGGAACAGGAAAAAGUGA